GAAUGUUUUAAUUCAUUAUAUGGUACUAAAUAUUUUGCUCAAUAUGCUGAAAAUAUUCCUAAUGGUGAGAGAUCCAUUCCAGAACGUGAAGACUCUACUGGAAAAAUGUAUAAUACUUGUACUGUUUAUGAUCCGGAAGGAUCUAUGAUUGCAAAGCAUCGAAAAGUUCAUUUAUUCGAUAUUGACAUUCCUGGCAAAAUAACAUUCAAAGAGAGUGAUUCUCUAAAAUUUGGUAAGAUCGGAGUAGGAAUAUGUUACGACAUAAGGUUCCCAGAAAUGGCCAUGAUUGCUGCUCAAGAAG